UGUAUAAAUAAUCACAAUAUGGUCGUGUUUACUUGCAACCAUUGCGGCGAUUCAUUAAAGAAGCCCAAAGUGGCUGUACAUUAUCAGCAGAUAUGCCGGAAUUCACCCUUCGUAACCUGCGUGGACUGUCUAAAGGAUUUUCGAGGUGACGAGUACGUUGCACACACCAAAUGUAUAACCGAAGCUGAAAGAUAUGGCGCAAAAGAUUAUGUUCCAAAGCCUAGCACAAAUAAGGGCGAACGCAAACAGCAAGAAUGGAUUAACGUUGUUAAUGAUUUGUUGAAUGGGACAGUGGAACUAUCAAAUAUAGAGCGAAACUUUCUAAAUACCUUAUCGAAAUAUGAGAAUAUACCAAGAAAGAAGGCUAAAUUUCUUAACUUUGUGAGCAAUGCAAUAGGCAAUCGUAUAAAUGCGACAGUUGUAGAGAGUGUUUGGAGCAAAAUGGAGAAUGCACACAAGAAGAGUCACCAAGUUGCUACAAAAACUCCAGAGAAGGAUCUUAUACAAAAUCGGGAGAAUAAAAAUAAAAUGACAUGUAUCCAAAAUAUGGACUCUAAUAACUCGUUUGACAAUCAGAAUCUCGCUGAAAAUCAAAAUAAUGAAAAUAUAUGUAAAGAAAAUAAUUCUGUGAGUCAUCAAAAUGAAAGUGAUGAAGCAUGUGGGAUAACCAACGGUCACCUACAUAAGAGGCAAAGUAAAUCUAAAAAACGGAAAUUGGAAUCAAUCGGCAUCCAAUCAGAGGAAGAUCAAACAGUUGCAAAAAUUAGUAAACAAUCUAGUUCGGAUAAUAGAAGUGACGUUGCUACGUUCCGUUGGAAGAAAGCUAUUUUAUACGUUUUACAAGCUAAGGAUGAAAUUCCUUUAAAAAAACUACAAACUAAAGUUAUGAAAAAAUAUAUAUGUUGCGUUUUUAACUUAAAUGAUACUUUCAAACUGACUGAAUAUGAAAAAGCUGUUGCAAAGUUUUCCAAAACAGUAGAAAAGUUACAAAAAUUAUCUGUAAUAUGUAUGUCAGAAACUUCAAAAGUAAAAUUACUAUAG